AUGAAAGAAUUUGUGAAUUGCACAAGAAUCGAUACCAACUCCACAGCUGAAGCAGCACAGUUGGUCACUGAGGAUAACACCAAUACGAGUGCCUGUAUCAGCUCCAAAAUGAGCGCUCAACUAAAGAAUUUACGUAUUCUUAAAGCCGAGAUAGAAGAUGUACCUGAGAAUACUACUAGAUUUCUUGUAAUGGGUCUCAAAGACAUUAAGCAUGAUAACAAAGAAACAGCAUUUGAGCCUCGUCAUUAUCCCUCACUGCUUACGUCCAUCAUGUUUGCCUUGAAUCAUAAUGAUCCCGGUGGUUUGAUGUCCGCCUUAGACUCUUUCAGAUAUCAUAACAUUAAUUUGACAUCCAUAACAUCACGCCCUUUACGCAACAGCCAAUGGCAAUAUGUCUUCUUUGUUGAAGCAGAGGGGAGUAUCGAAAGUGAAAGAAUGAAAGCAUCUAUGGCCAAGCUUGGUCAGAGCUGUACAAACGUGGUAAUAUUAGGCUCUUUUAUACGAUCUUCUAGGUACUUGCCGGCAUAA